AUGCCUUCUCAGAUCCCACAGAGGAGGAAAGCCUCAUGUCAGUCCUCCUCCACUCACGACUCGCGGAGCAGGAGGAGUAAUGACUCGUACGGCUCACAGUCAACGGCACCGACCUCGUACUAUUCCUCCAUUCCCUCAGACUACAAGCGCUCCCCGAGGUCGACCGACAGUGAAGCCUCCUCGGUCACAUCGUACAAGGCCCGCCAGGUCUACGACUACCACAACGAUGUCAGCCCAACAACUUCGCUCUAUAGCUCAUCCCUCGACAGCUUAGCAUCGACAACGUUGUCAUGUGAGGACCUGGACAGCAUGGACAUCGAUGAGUCCUCCGCAAUUGAGGACAACCCGAUCCCGCCCCUUCCAGUAUACCAGCCCGGUGUCGUCGAGCCCAAUGUCCGCGUCUCAACCCCUCACGAUUUCUCCAAAUACUUUCCCUCAUUGAACCGUCUCAACGUCCGCCAUGACGAGUUCACCGCCGAUGGGAACAUGAAUCUGAGGAUCGAGACGGUGGUGACCGGCCGGAGGAGGACUGCCAUCCAGCUCUUCCAUCUGCGCAUGUACGACCUUGUGAACCGCGAGUUCUCCCUGCGACGCUACUCCCGUGACUCCGGCCGUGAGGUCUGCAACUCGAAGCGCAAGUACCGCGAGCCCAAGCCUCAGCUCGCCCCCUCUCCUAACGAGAAGCCCACGUUGAAGCAGUCCAUGUCGGCCGCCCUCAAGACACUGAGCGGUGCCGGCGUCAGGUCAACCAUGCUUCGUCGUGGGUCAGCCAGCUCGACGACAACCGGCCGGCCCGGCACAAGUUACUCGACAGCUGCCGACAACGAGACGGUACACUCCAAGAACAACCUCUCGCUGUCUCGUCUUUCGCUCGACAGCCGCCAUGGCAAGGCGAAGUCCCAGAAGCCCCGGCCGACCAACACCAUCAAGCUUGAGUUUAGCAACUACGCUCGCGUCGAUGUUACUCGCCGUCGUGUCAGGGGUAACAUUCGCUACGUCUUCGAGUGGUGGGGACAUCGCUACUACUGGAAGCGUACUGUCGACAAGGAGCUUGGCCUCGUUUCCUUCCAUCUUGUCCGGGAUGGUCACAGCAGUGUCCCCAUCGCUCACAUCGUUCCUGAGACAAGAUCACCAAGCCAGGUUCUUGCCGAUAAGCAUGCCGGCGGUUGGAUCCCGCCGUGCGCCAUGUGGAUUGCUGACGAGUCGGUUGUGACGGCCAUCACUGACGUUGCUGACGUCAUCAUGGCCACCGGCCUCAUCGCCCUCGUCGACGACUGCAUCAUCACUCGCUGGCAAUCUGAUAAGAAGCCUAAGAACUCUCGCCGCCUGUCGGUGUCAUCGUUGAUCCCAAAAAAGCCCAUCUCCCUCGAGGCUGUCAUCCAGCACGUUUUUGGCGGCGCCAGCAUGCUUAGUCCCCGUCGCUGUGCCGCCGCUGCGAACAAUACUCCACAACUUACUCACCAUCAUCGUGUCCCUGUCGCCUCCUCCGCCGCUCCGUCAAGUCACCUCCGCUUUGCCCACGCCGUUGCCGCCUGCUGA